GCGGGCUUUUAAUCUGAAGGUUUCCUUAUUGCCAUACUAUAGUGACGUCAUCGUUUGUGCUGCUGGUAGAACGAACGUCUCUGAAACUACCGGAUCCAACAUGGAGAGAAAAGUUCUAGCACUUCAGGCAAGGAAGAAGAGGGCGAAAGCAAAGAAGUCGAGCAAGAAACAGCCAGCCCACCCCAGGGGUGCAGCACCCCAGCAGCAGUCCCAGCCAGAGGCCUCUCCCCAGGAACCAGAUGAGCCUGAGGAGAUCUUAGGCUCUGAUGAUGAGGAGCAGGAGGAUCCCAAUGACUACUGCAAGGGUGGCUACCACCAUGUGAAGAUAGGAGACCUGUUCAAUGGGAGGUACCAUGUGAUCAGGAAGCUGGGCUGGGGACACUUCUCCACUGUGUGGCUGGCUUGGGACAUUCAGGUGAAGAGGUUUGUGGCUAUGAAAGUGGUGAAGAGUGCAGAGCAUUACACAGAGACGGCUGUAGAUGAGAUCAAACUGCUCAGAUCUGUGAGAAACACGGACCCUGACGACCCCAAGAGGGAGAUGGUGGUUCAGCUACUGGAUGACUUCAAGAUCUCCGGCAUCAACGGGACUCAUGUGUGCAUGGUGUUUGAGGUGCUGGGGCACCACCUACUGAAGUGGAUCAUCAAGUCCAACUACCAGGGCCUUCCACUGCCCUGCGUCAAGACCAUCAUACGACAGGUUCUCCAGGGGUUGGACUACCUUCACACCAAGUGUGAGAUCAUCCACACUGACAUCAAGCCAGAGAACAUCCUGUUGACGGUGAAUGAGCCGUACGUGAGGAGGCUGGCCGCGGAGGCCACAGAGUGGCAGAAAGCAGGGGCUCCCCCUCCCUCAGGGUCCGCAGUCAGCACAGCUCCAGCUCCAAAAGCAACGACCAAAAUGUCCAAGAACAAGAAGAAGAAAUUAAAGAAGAAGCAGAAGCGUCAGGCGGAGCUGUUGGAGAAGUGCAUUCUGGAUCUGGAGGAGAUGGAGAAGGCUCCGGAGAGGGAGGAGGAGGAUGACGAAGAGGAUCCGGAGUCUCCCGUAUCUCCCAAGCAGCAGCGGCCAUAUUGUGCUCCUCUCAGACAAGUCUCCUUACAGGAAGUAGCCAGCCAAGACACAGCAGGAUGCAUUGCGGGUGCGGAGGUGACGUGGUUAGGACCAGAAGGGAUAAUAACAGACGCAGAAGUGAACUGUAACGGCCUUCAUCCUGAGGCAGGGGACAAUGAAACGGAGGAGAGGAAGGCACAGUGGAGAGAGCAAGACCAACACAACGGCAACGUAGACCAAACAGGGGAUUGUCCUCUUCUUCAGGAGUCUCCACCACUUCGACCCGUGUAUAACGGCCUGGUGUCCCCGGAUACCCCAGAGAGUGAGGAGGGGAGUGGAGCACCGACCAGGAAGGAGGCUGAAAUAAAGACUAAAGCAUCCAAGACUGAGACGAAAAGCUUUGGUGGCCGGGAGGAGCUAUCGUCGGAGGAGCAGAAGAAUCAGGAAAGGAGUCAAGUGGAAGUCACAGAGGAGGCGCAGGGCAGGAGUCGUGGAGAGGAGGUGCUGGAGAACGUCCAGUAUGGAGGAGAACAGGAGAGUCUGAAGGAUGGUGAGAAGACGGCCAAAUUAGCAGCGGGGAACCUCCUGGUGAACCCUCUGGAGCCACUCAACGCAGACAGACUGAAGGUCAAGAUAGCAGACCUGGGCAACGCCUGCUGGCUGCACAAGCACUUUACGGAAGACAUCCAGACGAGACAGUACCGUUCUCUAGAGGUGCUCAUAGGGUCUGGCUACAACACACCAGCUGACAUAUGGAGUACAGCCUGCAUGGCGUUUGAGCUGGCCACUGGGGACUACUUGUUUGAGCCUCAUUCCGGGGAAGAUUACUCCAGGGACGAAGACCAUAUCGCAUUGAUCAUCGAGCUGCUGGGGCAAGUCCCACACAAACUCGUAACAGCCGGGAGAUAUUCAAAGGAUUUUUUCACCAAGAAAGGGGACCUGAAGCACAUCACCAAGCUGAAGCCAUGGGGGUUACUAGAGGUGCUGCAGGAUAAGUACGAGUGGUCCAAAGAGGAGGCUGAUUGUUUCGCUGACUUCCUCCUCCCCAUGCUGGAGCUGGUACCAGAGAAGAGAGCCACGGCUGCAGACUGCCUGCGCCACCCCUGGAUCGCCCCCCAGUGACGGCCCCCCAGUACUGCAAUGCAAAACACCUAGGGCCUGUUCAGUCGACAAACGUUUUUGAAUGUUGCAGCUAAUUCGAAUGACUGGAGCUGACUUAACU